CAGCUCCGUCGACGUCCUUGCCACUAGUACCUACGAGAAUAACAAUGGUCCCGGCGGGACACCCUGGAUGCAGCACAGUGUGAAGGGACAGGGCGGGAUAUGACCCUUUUUUUUUGUUGGCGCUGGAGCCCUCGGAUAGCUCCGUGGACAUUAAAAAAGCAAUUUUAGGACCCUUUCUUUACCGUCAAGAAAUAACCAUGCCUUCAUCAUCAGAUUACCUCCCCCCUCACGAGCAUGCGAGCAUUCCCGACGACUCCGGCUCCGACGAUGACCUAGACUUGGAGGAACUCGAUCCAUCGAGCGCAUUUCACGGGUCCCGAAUGUCGAGAGAUGAGCCGGCCCCGCAACGACACCAUGGGCCCGGUAUAGCUUUGAGGAGCCUACGCGUGGGAGCUGGCAAGCGGAUGUGGAAACGAAGUAUGUCGGGAGCCCAUGCGGAGGAUAUGGAUGGGUUACUGGAAGACCAGGACGAGGAUGGCCUUCGACGGUCCCAUGCAAGCUCUACCAACUAUACCGACGAUAAUGCACCUUUGCUUCGAGAAGGAAGAAGAAGCUCUGCCCGCUCCUUUGCCGACGCCGAACGAAUGCUACAAAGAGGAUCUUGGCUAGGAUGGUUGAAAUCUGCAAUUAUCCGGUUUGGCUCUAGAGCCAAAGGCGGGAAUAAUGAGGCUGUGGUGAAGCCCCCGCGUGAUGUUCUCGUUGGACAGGCGCAGGGAACGAAAUACCCCCCCAACGUCGUCUCGAACGCCAAAUACACCCCCUGGAGCUUCCUUCCUCGCACGCUCUAUAACGAAUUCUCCUUCUUCUUUAACAUAUACUUUCUUCUUGUUGCUCUUUCGCAGAUUAUUCCUGUGCUUCGGAUAGGUUAUAUGUCCUCAUACAUUGCACCUCUGGCCUUUGUCGUAUCUAUAUCUUUGGGAAAGGAGGCUCUGGACGAUAUUAGGAGGAGAAGGCGGGAUGCAGAGGCUAAUGCCGAGGAGUUCUCUGUCUUGGCGCUGGACAAGCUGGUGGGACGCAGGCCUUUGUCGGAGGAUAACGGCGCACAAGGAGGAAAUAUCCCCGUGAUUACCAAAAAGUCUAAAGACCUGAAAGUCGGCGAUGUUUUGAAGGUCCGCAAAAGCCAGCGUCUCCCCGCCGAUGUUGUUAUUCUGAAGAGUAUAUCAAACGAUUCUGGUGCCAUUCGUGAAAGUAUAGAGGCGGAAUCCUCAUCGGCAGAAGCAGAUCCCAGCUCAAGCCAUGGGACUGAGCAAGCAAACGCCUCUUCCGGCAGUGAUACCUUCAUUCGAACCGACCAGCUGGACGGCGAAACGGACUGGAAACUACGUCUGCCCUCUGUGUUGUCCCAGACGAUCUCACUUGCUGACUUUGCAAGACUGAAGAUCACUGCAAGUGCGCCCGAUAAACGAGUUAAUGAGUUUGUCGGGAAUAUUGAAGUCUUGCCUCCAUCAGGAUUUUAUGACCCCCAUGUUGACAAGUCGGACAAUGAAGGAGAAUACGACAACGAAGUUGAGCAAAAUAACUCGGCACCACUUACUAUCGACAACACUGCCUGGGCCAACACUGUUCUGGCAUCGAACACCAUCACGUACGCCGUUAUCAUCUACACUGGAUCACAGACGCGAGCUGCACUUUCUACGUCCCCUUCUCGAUCAAAAGUCGGGUUGCUUGAAUAUGAGAUCAAUAACCUCACGAAGAUCUUGUGUAUUCUGACCUUAACCCUCUCAAUCAUUUUGGUUGCAUUGGAGAGAUUCCAACCAACGAAUGACAAGCAGUGGUAUAUUGCGAUCAUGAUUUAUCUGAUUCUCUUCUCCACAAUUAUCCCUAUGAGUCUGCGAGUCAAUUUGGACAUGGCGAAAUCUGUCUACGGACGUUUCAUUGAAAGGGACAAGGAUAUUCCUGACACGGUUGUGAGAACCAGUACGAUUCCUGAAGAUCUGGGGAGAAUUGAGUAUCUACUCUCCGAUAAGACGGGAACUCUAACCCAAAAUGAAAUGGAACUAAAAAAGAUCCACGUUGGUACUGUUUCUUAUGCAAAUGAUGCUAUGGAGGAAGUGGCAUCAUAUGUCCGGCAAAGCUUUGCAGGGAACACGUUGACUACACCUUCUGCUGCAUUUGGAACCCAGGCAGGCACUGGAACAGCUCCACGGACAAGGAGAGAGAUUGGCUCACGGGUUCGCGACAUCGUUAUGGCGCUUGCCUUAUGUCACAACGUUACUCCGACGACAGACGAAGAAGAUGGAGUGAAAGUCACAACCUACCAAGCUUCAUCGCCAGACGAGAUUGCGAUUGUCCAGUAUACAGAAGAGGUUGGCCUGAAGCUCUCAUAUCGUGACCGUCAAACGAUAGUCCUCGAGUCUACGCAUACCGGUCAUGUUGUUGUGCGUGUGCGUAUCCUCGAGAUCUUCCCUUUUACAUCGGAUAGCAAGCGCAUGGGUAUCAUUGUGCAAUUUGAAGCCGGCGGCGACAUUCUGGAUUCUCCUAAAGAUGAUUGUGAAAUUUGGUUUUAUCAAAAGGGCGCUGAUACUGUUAUGACAUCGAUCGUUGCUGCCAAUGACUGGCUUGAUGAGGAAACCGCCAAUAUGGCCCGUGAAGGCCUGCGAACGUUGGUUGUUGCACGAAAACGGCUUUCCUCGCUGCAAUACCAGGAGUUUGCUAGCAAAUAUAAGCAUGCCUCUCUUUCCCUCCAAGGGCGAGAUAUUGGAAUGGCCAAGGUUAUCAGCGAGUUUUUGGAACACGAUUUGGAACUUCUCGGAGUGACUGGUGUUGAAGAUCGCCUCCAGAGGGAUGUCAAACCGUCGCUUGAACUUCUUCGCAACGCGGGGGUGAAGAUCUGGAUGUUGACUGGAGACAAGGUCGAGACUGCACGGUGUGUUGCGAUUUCCGCGAAACUAGUUGCUCGCGGCCAGUAUAUUCACACUGUCGCCAAGCUCAAGGACAAGCCAGCUGCACAGGAAACGUUGGAUUUCCUCCGAAACAAGACUGACUGUUGUCUGCUGAUUGACGGUGAAUCUUUGGCUCUCAUGCUCAGUCAAUUUAAAACCGCGUUUAUCUCUGUGGCAGUUUUACUCCCUGCUGUUAUUGCCUGCCGGUGUUCUCCUACUCAAAAGGCCGAGGUCGCUGAUUUGAUCCGUCAUCAUACAAAGAAACGCGUCUGCUGUAUUGGAGACGGUGGUAACGACGUCUCCAUGAUCCAAGCAGCCGAUGUAGGCAUUGGUAUCGUCGGAAAGGAAGGUCGACAGGCUUCUCUCGCCGCCGAUUUUAGUAUCACUCAAUUUCAUCAUAUCACCAAACUGCUGGUCUGGCACGGACGCAACUCCUACAAGCGCUCAGCGAAACUGGCCCAAUUUAUCAUGCACCGUGGUCUUAUUAUCAGUGCCUGCCAGACCAUGUACAGUAUUGCCAGCCACUUUGACCCCAAGGGUUUGUUCAUCAAUUGGCUUAUGGUCGGCUAUGCCACUGUCUACACCAACGCCCCUGUCUUCUCGCUUGUUCUUGAUCGAGAUGUGGACGAGCAGCUGGCUAAUCUCUACCCGGAGCUCUACAAGGAACUGAAGACUGGUCGCAGUCUCAGUUAUCGCUCCUUCUUCACCUGGGUGCUUGUCUCUGUCUACCAGGGGGCUGUAAUCCAGGGCGUGUCGCAAAUUCUAUUAGAUACUAUCACGGGACCCCAACUUAUCAGCGUAUCGUUUACGGCCCUUGUGAUCAACGAGCUGCUGAUGGUGGCCAUUGCCGUCACUACGUGGCACCCUGUGAUGAUCUUUUGUCUGCUAGGCACGACCUUGUUCUAUGCCGCGAGCGUUCCAUUCCUGGGUAGCUACUUUGACCUCAAAUAUGUGAUCACAGUGGACUGGGUUUGGCGCGUAAUCGCUGUCUCUGCUGUUGCCAUUAUUCCCGUAUGGGCUGGGAAACUGAUCAAGCAAUCCUGGAGUCCUCCUAGUUAUCGGAAAGUCCGCGGGUAAUUGAUCUUUUUUUUUUUUUUUUCUUUUCGUCUUACACUUUGUAUUGUUUGUUUUAUGUUAUCUUUCUUUCCUCCACUGUUCGAUAUCACGUUAGUAUAUAGACACUGCAAUAAUGCAUUCUUCUUUCUCUUUCCCUUGGCCAGGGUUGAUGAUGAAUUACCGGAUCAGGUAUUGGGUUUCCAGCGAGUGGAGUCUUUAGACACUCAUAAUGUUCACAUACAUCAAAUUAUUGUGGUUUAUCUCAGUUCUUAUUGACUGGUUAAUUAUCUUGCAACCAAUAGCUUAUAGUCUAAAAGGCAUUAAUUCAC